UGAGAGCAUCGUGAACAGAAAUUUUCUCAGCAUUGUCAGCCAGGUUGCAACAGGUACCCUCCCUUUCUCAUCUUCCUUCUUUCCCGCUCUCCGUCUCUCCAGCUCAUGUCCCAUCUCCUCUUGGUAUUUGAAGCCGUUCCCAUCUCAGUCCUGCUUGUUGGACUAGUAUCUUGCCCAUUUACUAGGUCAAACUGUUAUCUCUAUACAAAGAUCCCUCAAAGGAGAUCCCCGCGGCGGGCGGAAGUGCUUGUCAGCUCUUUAGAAAGCAGGCCGUGGAGAGUGUCUUGGGGUUCUCUAGAUCAUGAAGUUGGGAGAAGCAAAGGCAGGCUGUCGGUUGAGUGUGGAAACUUGACACUCUUUGAGAAUGUGGGAAUGGAGGCUCAGGCUAGGGGGACAACUUCCAAGCGGGUAAACAUGGCUUGUUUGUGACUGAGAAGAUGGCUAGCAAGACCCGUCCAUGACUGAACCAUCGCCUUGGUGAAAGCUGUAUUCAACGGGGAGACACGGAAGAUAGCCACGAAGGA